UUCGCCAUCCCAACCGCAUGAAGCUGGACGUCUUCCGCCACCUCUGGGGCAUCAACCCUUCCAAGGACGUCAAGACGAACCUUCGCGUUGUCCAAGUGCUCAAGGAGCUCGGCUACUCGGGGGUCGAGGCCAGCCUCAGCGCGAUCCAGGCGCACGGCGGCCCCGCCUUUCUCGACGAGCUGGCAGCGCACGACAUGAAGCUCAUCGUUGGCAUCUACUCCGGCUGGACGGACUACGAGCCGGCUGCGUGGGAAGAUAAGAGCGUCAAGGCACAUCUCCAGCAGUUCGAGAACGAGAUCAAGCAAGCCCAUGCGCUUAGCCUUCGCCCGGUCCUCCUCAAUGCCCACGCCGGCGCGGACCACUGGAACGACGCCACAUGCCACGAGUUCUUUACGGCCGCGCGGAGCAUUGCUCACGACAUUCCAAUUGCGCACGAGACGCACCGCGGUCGCAUUCUCUGGAACCCAUGGCGCACGCUCGAGAUGCUCCGCGCGUACCCGGAGCUUCGGCUCACGAUGGACUUUUCGCACUGGGUCCUCGGGGCCGAGCGCCUUCUCGACACGAGCUGGGACGCUGCGUGGCUCGAGACCGUUUUGCCGCACGUCGCGCACAUCCACGGCCGCAUUGGGUCGGACGAAGCGCCGCAGGUGACGGACCCGACAGACCCCCACGUCGCGGCGAGCGUCGAGCGCUUUGAUCGACUCUUUGCGAGUAUCUGGACGUGCCAGGCCAAGGCUGGCCUCCCGCUCUCCACCUUUACGCCUGAAUAUGGACCCUCGCCGUACACGCCAAUGGCGCCGUUCACCGGGGCACCGCUGAGCAACGUCUGGGAGGUGUGCAACCGCGAGACGAAGCGCCAACAAGCUCGGUUCCAGGCGACGAUGGCAUCCUUUUAGUCGGGCGUAGUACUGUCGGUAGCGGCAGUGUUGCGUUGCUUCAAGUGGGUCACACGGUGCGAGUGCACAAGGAGUAUAAUACACGUUGUUUGGCAAGCCUACGGUGCCGGCUCGGCAGGCG